AUGUUAGCAUUACUGCUAAUAAAUGCAUUAUUCAAUGCUAUUACAAGAACAGUCUAUGGCGAAAUUGCAACGAUGGGUCGUCAACCGCUGGGCAUCAAUCCAACCCUGUAUGAUUCGAAGGUGGAUCCAAUCAUGCAGCUCGAUGAAAUGACUUUUAACGAUACCGUCUUCUGUAAGCAGUCAACGGCGGAUGAUUGCACUGCAUACGUCGUCGAGUAUUUUCCACGAAAUUCAUCCAGCCCAGAAUAUGGCCUGUCACUGAAACCGAUGCCAACGGUUUCUGAAAUGCGCGGUAUUAUCACCGAAUCAAUUCUGGUCGAUUUUGGAGCAAAUCGAUUCCAGGAUUGGCCCGAUUUUGACUUCUUAGGCAAGUAA